AUGGCCACAACAACAACAUCAUUGCAAUCCGGAGCAACAUCACAACAGCCAACAAAGACAAAUCCCAAGUUCACAAAUCGUCUAGCGAGCGAGGAGAGCCCGUAUCUACUGCAACAUGCGCACAAUCCAGUGGAUUGGUAUCCCUGGGGUGAAGAGGCCUUCGAGAAGGCGCGCACGGAGAAUAAGCCGAUCUUUCUCUCAGUGGGCUAUGCCACCUGCCACUGGUGCCACGUGAUGGAGCGGGAGAGCUUUGAGAGUGAGGCCAUAGCCAAGCUCAUGAAUGACAGCUUUGUCAAUAUCAAAGUGGACAAGGAGGAGAGGAGCGAUGUGGACCGAGUGUACAUGACCUAUGUGCAGGCGACAUCUGGCGGCGGCGGUUGGCCGAUGAGCGUUUUCCUGACGCCGGAUCUGCAGCCCUUCCUGGGAGGCACCUACUACCCUCCCCAGGAUGCAUAUGGGCGGCCCGGAUUCUCAACCGUGCUGAAGCGCAUAGCAGACGUGUGGCGGUCGCGCAAGAACGAGGUCAUCGAGCAGAGCGCUGACACAAUGCGCCAGCUCAACGAAGCCAUACAGCCCCAAGGCGGCAAGGCCGAGCUGCCGGAGGGGGCGGCGGGCCGGUUCAUAGAGAGCUGCUACAGCAUGCUGGCAUCGCGCUUCGACCCGACGCUGGGCGGCUUUGGUGCAGCGCCCAAGUUUCCGCGCCCCGCGGAGAUCAAUCUGCUGCUUGUUGAGCACCUGCGCGCCAGCCAGGACCGGGAAGCCUCCUCUGCCACCGCCUCCAGCUCCGGGCGCAGGAGGGAUGCGCUGGGCAUGGCGGAGACGACGCUGCAGCGGAUGGCGGCUGGCGGCAUGUACGAUCACGUGGGCGGCGGGUUUCACCGCUACUCUGUGGACGAGCACUGGCACGUGCCCCACUUUGAGAAGAUGCUGUACGACAACGGGCAGCUGGCGCAGACGUACCUGGACGCGUACAGGGCCACGGGCGAUGUGAGGUAUGCGCGAGUGGCGCGAGGAAUACUGGACUACCUGCACCGCGACAUGACCCACCCGGAGGGCGGCUUCUAUUCUGCAGAGGAUGCGGACAGCCUGGAUGCGUCUGGCAAGAAGUCGGAGGGCGCCUUUUAUGUCUGGUCAGCGGACGAGAUCGACGAGGUACUAGGCACGGACAGCGAGCGUGGCCGCGUCUUCAAGCAGCACUACUACGUAAAAGCCAGCGGCAACACUGACCUCUCUCCACGCAGCGAUCAGCAUGGCGAGUUUACGGGGCUGAACUGCCUGAUCGAGCGGGAGAGUGUGAAGGCCACAGCCACCAAGUUUGGGCUGUCUGUGGAGGAGACGGAGGGAACACUGGCAAAGGCGCGCCAGCUGCUGCACGAGCGCAGAUCCCAGCGUCCCAGGCCACACCUAGACGACAAGGUUGUGACUGCCUGGAAUGGCCUGGCCAUCGGGGCGUUUGCGAAUGCCUCACGCGUGCUCGCCAACGAGCCGCAGCCGCCGACUCCGCUCUUCCCAGUGGAAGGGCGCCCCGCGAAAGACUACCUCACAGACGCGAUACGGGCGGCAGAAUUCGUGCGGGACAAGGUGUGGGACGCGGAUGCGCGGCGGCUGCGGCGCAGCUUCUGCCGGGGCCCCUCGGACGUGGGCGGCUUCGCGGAUGACUAUGCGUUCCUGGUGUCCGGCCUGCUGGACCUGCAUGCGGCCUCGGGGGACGCCCAGUGGCUGCAGUUUGCGCUGCAGCUGCAGGCUGCGCAGGACGAGCUCUUCUGGGACGAUGCAGCAGGCGGCUACUUCUCGACGACGGGCGAGGACCCCUCCAUCCUGCUGCGCAUGAAGGAGGAUUACGACGGGGCGGAGCCGGCGCCGUCGUCCAUCGCGGCGGCCAACCUGCUGCGGCUGGCGGCGCUGACCGACCCCGACGCAUCCGAGCCGCUGCGCGCGCGCGCAUCGGCCGCGGCGGCCGCAUUCCGGGAGCGCCUGGCCGAGAUGUCGCUUGCCAUGCCACAGAUGUGCUGCGCGCUGCACCUCCUGGACUCAGGGCACCUGCGGCAGGUCAUCAUUGCGGGCAGGUUGGGCGCUGCGGACACAGAGGCGCUGCUGGACGCUGCGCAAGCCAUAUUUGCACCAGACAAGGCGGUUAUCUUCAUCGAUCCCUCUGAUGAAGCAUCCGUGGAGUUCUGGCGCGGACAUAACCCACAAGCACUCGCCAUGGUGGAGGGAGCAGGCUUGCAGGCGGACAGCUCUGCGACGGCGUUCGUCUGUCAGAACUUCACGUGCAAGGCGCCCACCACGGACCCCCAGAAGCUCAAGGCGGCUCUUGGUGAGGCCCGCAGCGCGCCGUCCACCACGCCGGUGUUGGGACAGAUUGACCUCAGCAGCUUGGGCAAGAAAUAG